GGGGAAGAGGAAGAAAUCCUAACUAUGGCAAACAGUGCUCCUACUGUCAUAAGAUGAAUCAUAUUGUUGAAGAAUGUUAUUCUAAGCAUGGAUAUCCACCUUGGUACAAACAAAGAAAUGAUGGCAGCAACAACACUCAAGAAAGGGGCACUCAAGAAAAGAGGGAACAACAAGUUUGUAAUCUCAACAUUAAGGAAGACUCUAUUGACAAACAACAACCAGUGAAAGAUGAAUCUACCAAAGGAUUCACAGCAGAACAAAUGCAGAGACUUCUAAGACUCCUUGAUGACACUGAAGGUGCUGGACACAACAUCAACCAAAUACAGAGACGUGAUAAUGACUCAAGCAGGAAUUCACAAGAUACAGGACAUUAUUACAUCACAGAUGAUUGGGCAAGCUAAUCUCAAUCAGGGCCUCUACUAUCUUGACAUUGUUCCUGUCACCAAGUUUACUAAUUUCUUU